AACGUGCUGGACGCACAGGUGCGUGCCAGUGUGAACCAGAAGUUGGAGGACAGUGGAGAGAAGGAGAGGCUGAAAGAAUUCCUGCGACAACGUCUAGUUGAAAGCGGCUGGCGUGAUGAUUUGAAGGAAUAUUGCAAAGAAGUGAUCAAGGACAAGUACAGAGAGGAUCUGAGUGUUGAUGAAUUGGUAUCAGAGAUAACUCCGAGGGGAUAUGCGACCAUUCCUGAUGAGGUCAAAGCUGAGCUGCUGGAGCGAAUCCGCAAAUUUCUGGCAUCGAAUUGAAGAAUGCCAUCAGACAAUGUACAGCAAAAGUUUAGUAGUUGAUAACAUCCAUUUGCUUUAUUACACAACAAUUUCAGGC